AUGGGUGGAGCUCAGGUAAGGCUUCGGUCAGAGAAGAAACCAGGGGUUGCGGGGUGUGGAGCUGCUAGCCCGGCUUCCCCUGGAACUCGUGCUAACUGCUGUGUCUUUCUUUCCACCCAGGACAGCUUUCCUGCUCGCUUCGGAGGAGUCCAUUUUGUCAAUCAGCCCUGGUACAUUCAUGCGCUGUACACGCUCAUCAAGCCAUUCCUGAAAGACAAGACCAGGAAGCGGAUUUUCCUGCAUGGAAACAAUCUGAACAGCCUCCACCAGCUAAUACAUCCUGAAUUUCUGCCCUCUGAAUUUGGAGGAACCCUUCCUCCUUACGACAUGGGAACUUGGGCCCGGACGUUGCUUGGUCCUGACUACAGCGACGAAAAUGACUAUACUCACACUUCCUACAACACAAUGCACGUGAAACAUACGUCCUCCAGCCUGGAGAGGGAAUGCUCCCCCAAGCCAAUGAAGAGGUCUCAGUCUGUGGUAGAAGCUGGGACCCUGAAACAUGAGGAGAAAGGAGAGAAUGAGAACACUCAGCCGCUCCUGGCUCUGGACUGAACCCCGGUCACCCUGUGUCCCUGCAUAAUGCCAGCCAUCAGUGGUAUCAGCCAGCAGGAAGCACAUGUGCAACGACUCCCCGACACAUGUGCAUUCAGUUGACAUAAGGCCCUCCACUCC